GCCGCUCCGGGUCGCUCUGAUGUUUAUUCUGGUCUGCACUUUAAGUGACCCAAAUAAAAACUGCUGCAGCGCCUCGCGGACGGAGGGUUUCUCCGGUCUGCGUGGCCUCGGGGGACGGGCCUGCCCUGCACGUGGACACAAACACGCGCACAACGGCAGCGGCUGACGCACGAGACAGAGAUUCUCUCUUCCUUGGAAGGCUUCAUUCGGCACCCGCGGCUGUUGCCGUCUCGCUACGCGCCUCUUCACAUCUCUCUCUCUUCCCUCAAGGCACCGAGAUCCCCGCUCCGGUCAUGAAAUGAGUGCUCGGUAGGACUUUCUAUCGCCUCUCCACACGACCAACAGAGAAGCCGGUUGCGUAACAGCUCCGUGCCAUCGGGAAAACAUGCAGGGAAAACCGACAAACAACCAGAUUCCCGCUCCAUCGAAGGCGUCCUCGUUUUUCAUCGUGAAUCUGCUGGGAAAGAGGCAGGGUGCGCACGAGGCGAGCGGUCAGACGGAUGCCGAAGCAGCACGGCGUUAUAUGCUAUGCCACACCGAGAGGAUCGCCUCAGAGCCCGGCUGCUCCAGCUCCAGGGUCCGGUCCUCAUGCGGGGACUCACAGACGCGGUGGAUCCGCAGGAGGACGGAGCCGCCCGGGGCUCCGGAGGAGACCCCCAACAGAACACACCGGAAGUCCGAGGAUCCCCGCUGCUCCAGAUCCGCCUGUGACCGGGCUUCACCCGCCGUUUCUGAGCCGACCACCGAAAGCAGCGACGAAACCGACCGGAAAACGGCCGAAGGAAGCCUCACUGACGAAGACGAGGACGCACAAAACGCCUUUGACGCACGAUCCGAGCAGGAAGCGGCGUCUGACCAGAUCUCCAGGCGAAAGAAAAAGACACGGACGGUAUUCAGCCGCAGCCAGGUGUUUCAGCUGGAGUCCACCUUCGACAUGAAACGGUACCUGAGCAGUUCGGAGAGGGCGGGGUUGGCUGCGUCGCUGCACCUGACGGAGACCCAGGUUAAAAUCUGGUUUCAGAACCGGAGGAACAAGUGGAAGCGGCAGCUGGCGGCGGACCUGGAGGUCGCGCGGGUUCCAAACUCGACCCAGCGGGUUGUCCGGGUUCCGAUUCUGUAUCACGAGGGUUCUACAGCCGCUGCAGCGAUGGGCUUGGGCCUGAACGGACCCUCCUUGGGCUUCUCCGGACCCAUCAGCUCCCCGCUGUCGUCGUUUGCGCACUCCAUGAGCCUGCUGAGGUCACAGAUGAGCGGGUUGGUGUGAAAACGGAACAAGACGUUCAAGUUGACUCAGUGCAAUACGUCAAAAUGCUGCAAAGAGAAUCCCGCCAGAGGCAGAGACAAUCACAGAACCAUAAUCAGCCCAGACGGAGGCCGCAGAGGUUCAUACACUGUAUACGUUUGAUACACAGAUUUUUUCUAACUUUUAUAUUUAAAGACACAAUUUGUUUUUUAAUUUGUCACUUUUUUCACAUGAUUAUAAAUGAAUAAAAAUGCUCUGCAGCAUCUG